GUGCUUGGAAGAUAGUUAAAGAGAAUUACGUGUAAAUUUAAUUUUUGCCUUUUUAAAGUGCACAAUAGUAUAACGAAGUGAUUGAUGAGAAAAGUGUGAAAAAUUGAUUGAGGAACAAAUAGAUUUUUAGUGAAUAUAAAAUCAAUUAAAAUUUGUACAAAUUAAUUUUGGAUUUUAAGGAAACGUGUAAAUUGGAAUAAUCUUGAAGAAAUUAGUAUUUAAAUAAAAGAUGACGUUAUCCACUACUCUAGUUUUGUUGCUCAUGCAAAGUUUACUCUCAGCUCAUGGAGUUAAAGUAUCCACAGCCGAAUAUAAUGUAAUUCAUGAGAAUCCAAGUAACGACUUUACCGGCUACACCGUCCAGCAGCCAGAAUUGUUUCAUGCCAGAGGCUAUCCACGACCCCUUCCCCCACCAGCAUCACAUUUCGAAGUCUCGUCGCAGCCACCAAAUCCGUUUGCUGCCUUUGCCAGUCCCUAUGGACCAACUUUUCCAAUGCCUGGUUCAGCUGCUUGCGGUACAGCUCCACCAUCAUGCGCCGAACUGCCAUAUCGAACUCUAGAUGGCUCUUGCAACAAUUUGGGAAAUCCCCAAUUGGGCAUAGCUAAUUCAAGAUAUGGUCGUCUAUUGUCUCCCAGAUAUGGCGAUGGAAUUCAGCAGCCAACACGUUCCGUUACCGGCGAGCCAUUACCUAAUGCCAGACUUGUGUCGUUGGUGGUUUUCGGUGAGCUAGAUGUUCCUGAUCCAGACUUUACCCUAGUUAAUAUGCAAUGGGGUCAAAUAAUAACCCACGAUAUGAGUAUGCAAGCUGGUGGAACCCAAUCAAAGAGACACAUUAUUUCCUGUUGUACACCCGAGGGUCGUCUAAUCGGAAAGUCCAGUGCUCACAAGACCUGUUUCCCUAUUGUAAUUCCACCCCAUGAUCCGGCUCACUCCCAAACCGGUACCGAGUGCAUGGAAUUCAUUCGAACUUUAACCGAUCGUGACAUUAAUUGUAACUAUAAUGGUGGACCAGCCGAGCAACUGUCAGCUGUCACAAGCUAUAUGGAUCUUUCUCUUGUCUAUGGAAACUCUAUCGAACAAAAUCGAGUUAUUAGGGCUUUCCAGCGUGGUCAGAUGAUAGUCGAGGAACGAAAUGGAGGAAGAUGGUUGCCAAGGACACCGAACGUUACCACAGAUUGUGAUGUGCAGGAUGCCAAUGAAGUUUGUUAUUUAGCUGGUGAUAUUCGUGUCAAUCAGAAUCCCGGUUUGACUAUUCUUCAUACUGUUCUUAUUCGAGAACAUAAUCGUAUUGCUGAGGAAUUGGCGAAAUUGAACCCUCAUUGGUCCGAUAGAGUAUUAUUCCAGGAAUCAAGAAAGAUCAAUAUCGGACAAUAUCAACAAAUCAGUUACUACGAAUGGUUGCCUAUCUUUUUGGGAUGGGAGAAUAUGUUGAAGAAUAGAUUGAUCUAUAAGGCGCCAGCAGGAAGUCAUGUCAAUGAUUAUGAUCCUAGUAUUGAUCCAUCGGUGUUGAAUGAACAUGCUACAGCUGCUUUUAGGUAUUUCCAUUCACAGAUUGAAGGAAGAUUAGACUUGAUCUCUGAAUUACGAUCCGUUCUUGGUUCACUGCGUCUUAGUGACUGGUUCAAUCGUCCUGGUAUUCUUGAAGUUGGCGAUAAUUUUGAUUCAUUGACAAGAGGUUUGGGUACACAACCUGAGGAACUUACUGAUAUUAACUUUGAUAGAGAGAUCAAACAUUUCCUGUUCAGAAGAAACAUGCCAUUCGGUGGUGAUCUACGAGCAAUUGAUAUUCAACGUAAUCGUGAUCAUGGUCUUGCUUCAUACAACGACAUGAGAGAAUUUUGCGGAUUGAAACGAGCUACAACAUGGAAGGACUUUACUGAUCUUAUUGAUAACGAUGUUGUUGAUAGAUUGCAAAAUCUUUAUUCAACUCCUGAUGAUGUGGAUCUUACUGUUGGUGGUGCAUUGGAAUCCAAUGUAGCUGGAGCAUUGGCUGGACCAACCUUCUUAUGUAUUUUAACUGAACAAUUCUUCAGAACUCGUGUUGGUGAUCGGUAUUUCUUUGAAGGUGGUGAUAGAAUUAGUGGAUUUACUAAAGAACAACUUGAAGAAAUCCGAAAGGCCAGUAUGGCAAGAUUAAUGUGUGACAAUGGAAAUCAUAUUACAUCGAUGCAACCAAGUGCUUUUGUUACAGUUUCAAAGGCUAAUCCAAUUAUACCAUGCGAGGAAAUUCCAGUUGUAGACUUGUCGAAAUGGAUUGAUAGAAGUCCCGAAGGUUAUUCCCAGCCGCCUGGUUUUUAUGGACCCAUUGGUCCACAUGCACAUUCGAAAAAGUAAAAUAAGAACAUGAAAUCGAGAAGUAGAAUAAUUUAGCCUAAGAUGUACAUAAAAUCAGAAUUUCAUUUUAUUGUUUACAUAUACCUGAAUUCAUAAUGGAAAUUAUUCUUAAAGAAAACAAAAGUUUAACUAGAGCUCAAAGUAUUUUAACUCAUUUAAAUCCAUAAGCUAACUUCUACAGAAUUUUUGUUAUUUUAGAUAACAAAUAAUGCUUAUUGAAAAAAACAAGUUAUUAAAAGUUGAGAACAGGUGCUAAAAGACAGGAAUAUUUUAGCCUUACAAAACUUGUAAUUUUUUUUUAUA